AUGGAGGCCUACCUCUCAGGCGAGACGGAGGGCGACUUCCGACAAACGUCCACACAGGUGCAGUCUGUGUGGACGGAGGCCCGGAAAGCUUCCCGUCGCCUCUCCGUCGCCUGGGAGCUCUUAGACCAUGGGGCCCGCAUCAACUGCGGAGAGGCCUCCGUGUCAGCGAGGAACCGUCACAAGCUGGUCAAAACCAUCCGGGCGCUCCUCUCCACCGAAAGGGACAGAGCUCUGCAUGACAAGCUGAACCAAGGCAAGGCGAUGGUGUGUGUGGCGGCCGACCCGGCAAAUUCCAACGUCAUGAGGUCCGGCCGCUACACCCGCUUCAUCGGCUGGCGCUUCGUACAUCGAUGCCGGUUAAAUCUCCUCCCCCUCAAUGCCACAAGAGUCUGGGCACCCGCAGCCGACAAAAGAUGCAGGCGCUGCGGGUACGGGGAGGAGACACUGCCGCAUGUGCUAUGCCAAUGCAUGCGGCAGAGCCGGGCCAUGACGGAGCGUCAUAACGCAAUCGUCGCAAGAAAUAAAAAGGCUGCCUUGGGGAGUUUCGCAGUCAUCGCAGAGAACCACGUCGUGGGCACUACAUCACUCAAGCCCGACCUGGUACUGGCCCGUGGAGAGGAGGCACUGAUCCUGGACGUCUGCUGCCCUCUCGAGAACAGGCUGCAGGCGUUCCAGGACGCCCGGAAGGCUAAGGAGGAGAAGUACGCCCCUGUACAGCGUCAUCUCCUCCGGCGGUUCCAACGCCUGACGGUGGACGCGGUUGUCGUCGGCUGCCUUGGCACCUGGGAUCAGGGGAACGAUCGCGUGAUGCGCAGGCUGUGUAGUAGGCAAUACCUACAGACUAUGAAACGCCUGUGCAUCAGCGACACCAUCAACGCCUCCACAAUGAUUUUUAGAGCCCACGUAGGCACUUCUUAA